UCCAACACCGCACGGUUUGGCUGCACCAAAACCUUACGGUAUGCCGCCAGCGGGGUCCAUGUUUCCCCAACAACAGCAACAACCUAGCAAUCACCGUGUGGCUGCGUUAGCCGGCACCAAUGGCAACAGUGCGAACUCGUCGAGAACAUCAUCGCCCGCUCUAGGAAACAACGGCCCACAAAUGCUUACUUCGGAAAGAGGCCCUAUCGGUGGAGUUGCUUACGGGGUGAAUAAUAACUUGCAACCACCAGUAUCUAGUCAAAAUCAACCUCAAACGGUUCAAGGCCCCCCGGGAUCCGUUAGCGGUUACAAACUCAAUCCGAAUAAUAAUUGUUCGAGUGGUGCGCCCAUAAACUUCGUCAACACGCCACCCCGCAGUGCAUCUGGCCUUUCGACUCCUCUGAACGCUUCGACACCAAAUUUAAACGGACCUCCUGGAGGAGGGGUAUCUAUGGGUGGAACAGGCAACACAAUGCAGAAAUUAUCUGAGAGCAUUCGGGAUGUAAAUUUAAAUCGACCUCCUUCUGCAGGAGUCAUGGGCAGGUCAGCAGCGGUCGCUCCUGUGGCCGGCAGUCAGCAGCAACAAUAUCAGAAUCCUCUACAACAUCCACCGGUGCUUAGUAACGGCCUAACUAGCGCUAAUAGUCCUACAGUCAAUGGUCCGCCAGUAUCUGGAUCGUUAACGAAUCCAUCGCUUCCAUCAGCAACCACUUACGGCCAUUUACCACCGCCGGUGAAUCAAAAUCUACAGAAGCAGACACAACCAAACCAAUUGCAGCAUCAGCCACUGUCACAACAACCUCCACUACCCGGAGGGUUGCCUAUCACUAGUUCGCUAGGUCAUCCGAUGUCCACCAACGGUUUGGCGAAUCAUCCACCGCCUAUAGCACAAUCGAUCGCUAGUUCUUACGGCCCACAAGCUGUCCCACCACAGAUGGCUGCGGCGGGACAACCGCUAAACAAGCGCCCCAUGUACCCUGCUAUAGGAAAACCCAGCCCUACGUUAAGUCAACCAACGACAGCACAGCCGAUGACGGCGGGCAACUUUAGUCAGCAACAAGGUGGUGCCUGGCAAGCUCAUAAUCAACAGCAGUUUCCCCCACAACAGCAGCAUCUACAACAGGACUAUCAACAACAACAACAGCGCCAUCAGCAGCAGCAACAAUAUCAGCAACAAACUGGCUACGGAACACCUGCAUCGACCGCAUAUCCCGGCGAUGUUUCCAGUAAUGUGGUUCGCGGUGGGUUCAACCGUUUGUGGGGUAACAAUUCAGUGGAUUUACUCCAGAACCGCCACAUUCUGCCAACGGAUCGGGUGCGACCUCCUCCGAUACAUCUGGUAAACCCGUUCCAAGACUCCAUUAACUGCAAUCCAGAUAUAUUUCGCUGCACUCUAACCAAGAUUCCGGAAACUUCCGCAUUGCUUCAGAGGUCCCGUCUACCGCUUGGUGUGUUGAUACACCCAUUCCGUGAUUUAAAUAAUCUUCCUGUUAUUUCCUGCAAUACGAUUGUCCGUUGUCGAACGUGCCGAACGUACAUAAAUCCGUUCGUAUUUUUUGUUGACAGCAAAAAGUGGAAAUGUAACCUGUGCUACCGGGUGAAUGAAUUGCCAGAAGAGUUUCAGUAUGAUCCGGUUACCAAAACAUACGGUGAUCCGACACGGCGGCCGGAAAUAAAAUCGAGCACCAUAGAGUUCAUUGCACCGUCUGAAUAUAUGUUACGACCACCACAACCGGCCAUCUAUUUGUUCCUGCUAGACGUUUCCUCAUUGGCACAGCAGUCUGGCUACCUGCACACUGUCUGCAACACACUUUCGGAACACCUAGAUAACCUACCAGGCGAUGCACGUACACAGGUUGGCUUCAUUGCGUUCAACAGUGCGAUACAUUUUUAUAAUAUUGCCGAGGGAUACAGCCAACCUCACGAAGUGACGGUUCUUGACGUGGAAGAUGUUUUUCUCCCCUAUCCGGACAAUCUGUUGGUGAAUUUGAAGGAGUGCAAGGAAUUGAUCAAGGAUUUACUGAAACAACUACCAAAGCGAUUCGAGUUCACGCAUGAUGCAAAUAGUGCAUUGGGAGCCGCGCUGCAGGUCGCGUACAAGAUGAUGAAUGCUUCCGGGGGACGUGUUACUGUAUUUCAAACUUGCCUACCCAAUUUCGGCCCUGGAGCACUACAAUCGAGGGAAGAUCCCAACAACCGGUCGUCUAAGGAUGUGGCCCACCUCGGACCAGCCACCGAUUUCUACAAACGCCUUGCACUGGACUGUUCCGGCCAACAGAUUGCAGUGGAUUUAUUUUUGUUGAAUAGUCAGUACUGUGAUUUAGCUACAAUAUCUGGUAUAAGUAAAUUCAGUGGCGGCUGCUUGCACCACAUCCCGCUUUAUAAUGAGACGAAACCACAGUUGGUUAAAACACUGCGCAAAUGCUUCGAGCGCUAUUUAAUGCGCAAAAUUGGCUUCGAAGCAGUAAUGCGUGUCCGCUGUACUCGUGGUCUUGCUAUUCACACAUUCCACGGCAACUUCUUCGUACGGUCUACCGACUUGCUGUCGCUGCCGAACGUGAAUCCUGAUGCGGGCUUCGGGAUGCAGAUAACUUAUGAGGAAAGCUUGGCCGAGUGUAAAUCGGUGUGCUUCCAAGCGGCACUGCUUUAUACGAGUAGCAAGGCUGAGCGACGUAUUCGUGUUCAUACCCUUUGCAUACCGGUAACGGCCAGCUUGAUGGAGGUGAUGUACUCCGCCGACGUCCAGUGCAUAGUGGGACUGCUUUCGAAGAUGGCCGUCGAUCGUUCGCUCAGCUCUAGCCUUUCUGAUGCCAGAGAUGCCUUUAUUAAUGCGACCGUCGAUAUUUUCAGCGCCUUUAAAAUUGCUCAGAAUUUGCCGCAAAACUCCAACAUAAUUGUGGCGCCUGAAAAUUUGGGCCUUUUGCCACUAUACGUAUUGGCAUUGUUGAAACAUCCUGCAUUCCGUACUGGAACUAGUACUCGGUUAGACGAUCGAGUUUUUGCAAUGUGCGAAAUGAAAUCGCUUCCCCUGGAUCAGCUUAUGCGUUAUAUUUAUCCUGAGUUCUAUAUCUUGGACUGCUUGUUCGUUACAAACGCCAACGGCGGAUACAUGGAUGAUGAACAUAAGAUGGACCCACCACGGUUACAGCUGUCUGCUGAAAAACUAGAUUCUAGAUCCAUGUUUCUUCUUGAUUGUGGCCCGUACAUGUUUAUUUACAUAGGUUCGAACGUAGCUUCCAGCAUCGUGCACGAUAUUUUGGGAUACAAUUCGGUAGCAGAUAUUCCCGAUUUUUGCAUUGAAUUGCCCAGCAGAGAGACGGCGGCCAGUGAGGCGCUUCUUACAUUUUUGGACAAUAUUAACGAGGAAAAGCCUUACACUUCAUAUGUACAAGUCAUUCGUGAUACUAGCCAGUUCAGGUCCUUGCUGGUGGAAAAAUUCGUAGAUGAUCGCAAUUCCAAUUCGUUAGCGUACUAUGAAUUUUUGCAGCAUUUACGCACGCAAAUAAAGUAGUUUGCGUAGCACGAGCAACUUUUCGUGAACAGUGGAACCCCCCACGAAAAUGGGAGCCGAUCGCGAAUACGUUUGAUAUCAAAAUGAUGGCGUGCAUAUGUUUGUUUGUUUUUUGUUCUGGUAAAAGUUGAUAGACAAAUUCAAAUCAUCUGUAUAAUAUAGGUGGUAGUAGUAACACAUAGAUCGAUAAAUAUAAAACGAAAGUAGAAAAGGAUAAUAAACCAAUUUAAAGCCUCCAGUCGCCAAUCGUUCCUACACCGCUUUGUUCAGUGUGGUAAGCGUUUUGGGUAAUACCAUCCGAUCAUGUUUAUAAACAAUAAAAGUUAAAAUCAUCAAUACAAAGGGCGCACUAGUAAAUUAUGAGAAUUGACGAAAAAAAUGUGAAUUUUUCGUUGUGUAGGAUGUAGAUCUUGUAUGAAUAAAGCGAGUUUGCAAAACUAUUAUCAAAUUGAUCACAUAUGUUACAUAAAAAUUGAGCGAUGGGCGACAUUACGAAAGAGUUGUAUGUGUAUGAUUGAGAAUACGAUUUUCCCUGGCCGAUUGUACCACGAUGAACGAACGAAAGAUGUGCUGGCAGCAUCUGAGGUGCUAGAUUUAACUUAGGAACUUUACACCAAAUCCGAAACCACUAACAAAGUUCGGGCUAAAUAGUCAGAAAAGGAACAAAAUAGCAAAAAUAAACCAUUCUCUUAAAAGAAACAAGGAAAUGUGCAGAAAUCAGGAAGAUAGGUUAAAUAACUUUUUGUGUACUCUAGUAAAAUAUGUUCAUAUGGGUACGGUGUUCGUUUGUAGAUGGUACAAUAGUGAAUAAAAUUAUCACAAUAUUCACAAUGAUAAUAACAAUAGUACUGUAGCUCGCGUCUCAAGUCGAAAGUUAUAGGCGAAAAGCAAAAAAAAUAAAACUAAAGUGUAUGGGCAGCAAACCACGCGAAAACGACAAAAAGCUGUAAUCAACAAAACUGUGACACAAUCUUUAUUAAGUUUUCAUGGUACCCAACAGGAAAAUGAAUGAAGUGAAAAUGGUUAGCGUCGUGAUUAUUAGAAGAAAUGCAUCUGUUUUUUUAUUUAAAGCACAUAAUGCAUAAUGUGAACAAUAGCAAUGGAACGUUGACUUUUAAAAUCGUUAAUAAAUCGAACGGUAUUCAAAUUCGUAACUAAUAUAUCACAAACAUCUAAGAAGUGGAUGCAGCAAGUCUCUACAUAAUGUUCAGUAUAGAGCUUUAUGAGAUUCUGGUAGUGAGAAUGGUUUGCUUGCUGUUUUGCAUCGGUAGGAUGUAUUUUUGUACGCCGAUAUCAGGGAUGAAUGCUGCUGCACUGAUAGUUAGGAUUUCCAGAAGCGUCCACUAGUUUCAAGAAUUUGUUGGUUAU